AUGAAUAUUAUUAUCAUUGCUUUAAUAACAGUCAGCUUUGCUACAGCCAAUGUAUGCCAGAACCAAGCUGCAAUGAUUACUGCUCCUAUUUCAGGUGAAUUUGUCAUCCCAGGAGCUAGCAUAUCAUACUUUAUUGACAUAUUUGAAAACCAAGAAAGUGGGUUUUUGUAUUUCAUUGGAUUCUACAAUCCAGGCUCAUCUCCAGAUAAAACAGUCAUCUAUAAGUCAGAUUAUGACUUAGCAAAGGUUAAAAUUAUGACCUAUGACAUUUAUUCUGUGUACUUUUCAUUUACUAUUGAUCCAAAUGAAGGCACCAUAUAUACUCUAGACCGCACUACCAAUAAAAUAUUGGGGAUUAGUACUGACACCCUUGACGUCAUCAGAGAAUUAUCGAUUACCGGAGCAACAGUGAGUGGCAAUUCACAGAUUGCUUGGAAUGAUAAGUUCUUUUUUAGCUUACUGCUAAACUCAGUGAUGGAAACUUGCAGAUGGGAUAUGGCUACACCGAAUUUAAAUUGAUUUAACUUUGGUGUAGAUUCUUUUACUAAUCUGGCUCCAAUAAGCUCAGAUUUAUUAUUCUUUGGCUCAGUUGACUCUGUAAACGACAAAUACUAUAUGAUCAAUUACAAUUUUUCAACUACUCCCAGCAUAGUUUGGCAGAAGAGUGUCUCAUGUCCAACUGCUGGAUGAUCUAUCAAACUUAGUAAAUCAGCGGUCAGUCGAGAUGGUCAAUCAAUUUUUGCAUUUAUCCUUUAUGAUGAUCAUUUCUUAUUCUAUAUGCUCAGUGUUGUAGAUGGGACUCCAGCAAGCUCAGGUUUUAUUUGGAACAAUGCAGGAUCUAAUGUGUACUCAGUUAAAGAAUUUGAUCAAUUUAUUGCUCUUCAGAUUCUUAGCUCGUCAUUUGCUCCAAAUUAUACAAGGCUAAUUCUGAUCGCAUCUGAUGGUCAAAGUAUUUUCAAAGAAUACAAAAACUCUGGAGCAAGUUCAUACAAUGCUUUUCAAUAUAAAUCAGGAGAAAAUGAAUUAGUGUAUUUUCCUGGCAUCUAUAGACCAAGUGGUUCAUUAUAUUUCGCAAGAGUAUUGACUUCCGAAAUCGACCGCCUCUCCGAAUUCACAAAUGACACUCUCAUCUUCACUGCUAUUACCACCAGCUAUACAGCUUCAGUACCCACUAGUAAUCCAAGCUUAACCUCAACCCCUCGGACUCUAUCAGUAUCAAGUUCUAGCUCAAUCACAAGCGCAGACCUGACCUCGUCCAUCACUCCUUCGUUCUCUGCUUCUCCCGUUUGGUGGAAUGCCGACCAUGUUCAAUCUGUGCAAAGCAAUUCUCUGGUGAAGCUUGAUUUUACUUGGGCUUGAACUCAUUCAGUUGAUUCUACUGUUAUUACUUUUACCUUGGCUCAGACUGGAACCAAUUCUAUACCUGAUUGGGUUGAAAUUGAUACGACCAAUCAAGAACUUUACCUCAACAAGACUCCGAAGCUUAGUGUCUCACAAACGUAUUAUUUCUCAUUGCAAAUAACUUACAACAGUGAAACUGAAUUCAAAAGAUUCGAGAUCACUGUUGAAGGAUGAAGUAUUUCAAGCUGUGAGAUGUGUAAAUUGGGAGACCAAACCAUUUGAGAUAAUUGAGCCAAUGGUUUCCAGGUUUCGAAUGACAAUAAGUCUUGCAGCAAAGUUGAGACCGAACCUGAGACUACCACUGCUUCGAAUUCUCAAAGCACCGCAGCAGCCACCGGUUUGGUUGGUUCAAGCGCUGCUAUUGCUUCUGUAUCUUCAAUUUUAUCUGGCUCAUCAAUUAGUUCAUUUUUUAGUGUAAUGAACAGCUUGCAGUUAGCAAUACUGCUUCCUCUAAUUCCAAAAUAUUUUCCCAUUGAUGUUCUUGCUUUCUUAAAAGGAAUGAGCUUUGCAAUGUUAUCAUUUGACUUUAUCAAACUGGAAGAGAUCCCAUUCGUUGAAGACAUCACAGAGUGGAUUGAUUAUCCUCAACCUGAUGAGUACCUAGGGAGUAUUGGAAUGAGUUCAGGCAGCUCAUUGAUAAACUACCUGUCAUUCUUGGUAUUUAUUUGAUUCAUUGGAAUCUGACACUUGUGAAUAGUUUUGUGAAGAGGAUGAAUUCUCAAAACAAAGAAUAAGAAAUUGUCAAAAUUAAUGGACAAGCUUUUCGAAUUUUUCACAUUCAAUUUAUAUUUAAGAAUACUCAUUCAGGCUUAUUUAUUUACAAUUUGGUCAAUCUUCUCUGAAAUAUAUGCACUGAAUCUGAGCACCGUAGUCACUAAAAUAUCUUUUGGAGUUUGAGUAACUCUUACUCUGUGUACAAAUGUAGUUCUCCUUCUUUCAUUGUUGGUAUACUUCAAAUCUUUUCCCAAGAUUGAUGUUAAAAAGUAUUGGCCAUGUAUUGAGUUCUUUAGUGGAGUCAAGGAAGGUAGAUACUCUAAAUUAUACUCAAGUCUGUUCUUGUUACUCAGACUUCUAUCAGUUUCAUUGCUCAUUUUCGGAAACUCUCUUCCAUCUUCAUAUAAAGCAGCUGGCUUCCUAUUGUUCAAUGGUGGAUAUGGAGCCUAUCUGCUGGCUGUCAGGCCCUUUGAAAAUUUGCAAGACAACAUUAUUGAAGCUAUCAACCAAAUAUUGUUUUGCUGUUUGAUAGUUCCAUUGAUUUGGGUUGAUACAGAAUCUGACUGGAAUGCUUCUUAUGAAUCUUAUUUCACUCGAAUCCUACUACUAUCACCUGCAAUAGGAUGAGUUAUAUGCUUCAUAUUUUUGAUCAAAUCAAUAUGAACUCUAUUCUGCAAGAAAAAGAAGCCUGUAAAGAUCCGUAUACCCAAAACCAUCGCCCCAAAGAAAACUGAUUCAGAAGUGCUAAGGUCUCCUCGUUUGAAAAGGUAUAAACUCAAUAAGCGUGAAGAGCACAAAGAGUACAGGGGCUUCACCCAAGACUUAAGCCAAUCCUUUAAGUCGGGAUAUUUGGUCAGUAAGAGCAACGCUUCUUUCUUGCGGUCUAAGGUGACCCAUGCUGAUGAUUCUUCUACAUUCCAGAGGAAUGUUCAGGAUCCCAGAAGAGUCUUACAAAGAGAAGAAUAA